AUGUUCCGCUUCAACAAAACGCUCGACAUCGUCACCGUCUUCCACAAGGCCGGCUCCCCGGCCUCUGUCAAGGUCGCGAACCUCGUCAAACAAAUCUCGGCCAAUGCCCAGGUCGGUGCCACCAUGGACCAAGCCAGCGACACCAAGCCCGGCCGCGAGCCCUUUGAGCUCAACAUCACCGAGGACGCCCCAACAACCGACCAGGUCCAGACCAUCCUUGGCUACGUCGGCACCGGCGGCAUUUCCAAGAUCAUUAAGGGUGCCCGUGACGAGAAGGAUGCCCUGAAGCGGUUCAAGGAGAGCAAAGAAUCCUUCCUCAGACCUCUAACUGUCGACUGGAACAACGGAAAGGCCGUCGCUGGCGAUAACGAAUCGGAAAUUCUCAAAAUUCUCAAUGCCCAGAAGAGCGACUAG